UUUGUCUCUCUCGCGCACACACACACACACACACUCACCGUGCAGCAGCAGCAGACCUGCUGCAGCAUCGAUCCCUCAGGUUUGUUCUGACACAAACGGAACCAAACCUGGGACCAGGACCGGGACAAGAACUACGCGGCUGUAACCCGGGACAAAAGGCUCUUCAAGAUGAUGAUGAUGAUGAUGAAUCCGUCAGAGAAGAUGAAGAAAAAACCUCCCAAAGACAGCUUGACUCUGCUGCCAUGUUUCUACUUUGUGGAAUUGCCCAUCGUGGUGUCCUCCAUGGCAUCUCUGUACUUCCUGGAGUUGACCGACGUGCUGCAGCCGGCACAGGUUGGAUUCCGUUGCCAUGACCGCGACCUCAGUAUGCCUUACGUGGACGAAGGAGAUGAGCUCAUUCCUCUGCUGAUGCUGCUCAGCCUCGCCUUCGCCGCUCCUGCUGCCUCGAUCAUGGCGGUUGAAGGUAUGAUCUACGUCCUGCAGUCACAGCUGAAGCUGCGUCGCCACGAGGGAAGUAUCAACGCAGGAGGCUGCAACUUUAAUUCAUUUCUGAGGAGGACGGUGCGUUUCGUAGGUGUCCAUGUCUUUGGUCUUUGUGCGACUGCUCUGGUCAGUGACAUCAUCCAGUUGUCAACAGGUUACCACGCCCCCUUUUUCCUGACUGUCUGUAAACCCAACUACACUCAGGCUGGUGUGUCAUGUGACCAAAAUGCUUACAUCACCAGAGACAUUUGCUCUGGUCAUGACCAACACGCCAUCAUGGCCGCUAGGAAGACGUUUCCGUCCCAGCAUGCAACUCUGUCUGCCUUCGCUGCUGUUUAUGUUUCGGUGAGUAAAGUUUUGUCGUGUGCGUUUCAGGAAACCAUGGAAACGCGCUCUCUCUCUCUCUCUCUCUCUCAGAUGUAUUUUAACUCGACCAUCUCAAACAGCACCAAGCUGCUCAAACCUGUGCUGGUGUUUGCGUUUGUCAUCGCUGCAGCUUUGACGGGUCUGACCCAGAUCACUCAGCACCGCAGUCAUCCCAUCGAUGUUUACGCAGGUUUCCUCAUCGGAGCCUUCAUCGCUGCGUACCUGGCCUUUCAUGCUGUGGCUAACUUCAAGUCCUCUGAUGACAUCACUCCAGCCCCGCCUCCUCCACCUCCAAAAGAAGACCCGCUCCGAGCUCUGACGGAGCGAGGACACGAGUCCGUCUACAACAAAGGGCCCGCCUCCGCCUCGGACAGUAACGACGAGAUCGCAGCGGCCCCGGCGUCAGUGUCGGCGCCGCUGCAGAGAGAGAGCACGUCCAUGAGCAGCCUGAAGAGGGCGAGCGUGGACGUGGAGCUGCUGGCUCCUCGCAGCCCCAUGGGGAAGGAGACCAUGCUGACCUUCAGUCACACGCUGCCCAGAGCCAGCAUGAACGUCAACGGGUUCACAGAAGAUCCAGUUCCGUCUGCUCAGCCAGUUCAACGGCGUCUGAAAGCUGUGCAGGUUCCCGUGGACCCGCUGCGGACGCAACAGCUGGUGUCCGAGUGGAAGCAGAAAUCCAUGGAAAUGAGAGGCCAGAGUGUCCACGAAGAGGCGGAGCGGGACGCCAGUGAGGACGGUUCUGAGGGUGGCUCGGUGGCCACGGAUGACGGCGGCUCUCAGGUUCCUAUCUACCAACCACCAGUCCAGGCUGCUAAGCCUGUGGCAACUCCUCGCCCGCCACAGAUCCCAGAGGCAGGACCUCCGCCAGUUUCCCCAAAGAGCGCUCUGACCCGAGCCAAGUGGCUCGCCAUCAGGGAGAAGACUAGUGAGGGCGUGGCCCGUGGAGCAGCUAACCAGCCGCGGCUCAUGCAGGUGAUCGCCAUGUCGAAGCAGCAGGGCCUCCUUCCGUCCUCCUCCUCUGAGACUGCCUCCACCUGCUCCGGCACCUCCUCCACCACCAACUCCCCACACUACGGCCCCGCCUCUGAUCAGCAGCGUCAGGGUCCAGGCAUUGUCACCAUGGACACCCAUGCCCCUCACCAGACGCUGCCCCCCCCUCAGGCUCUGGCCCUGGCAGGUAAUGGUCACCCAUGGCAGUGGGCGGGGGCAUCCACGGGUGGUGACCCACGGGACACGUACGACCUCAACAGUCUAAACCGAGGAGACUCGACCGCCAGGGGCAGCAGCUUCCGCCCGCACCGGUCUGUCUCGCCGCGUGUCACCACCGACCCUGAACCUACUCCUCCCCCACCUUUCCACCAGGUGGAGUCGUCAUCGGAGACGAAGCACAGGGAGACAGCCAUGAGACGUGAGACGGCCAUGAGACGUAAGACGGCACUGGUUCUGCUGGAUCGAGAGCUUCAUAAUCAGACUGAAGAAAACUUCUACAAGAGUUCACACGGAUGCAGGUUUAAGGAGAAUUAGGCUUUUCAGAAUAAAAGCUUGGUUUACGGACAGCAGACCAAUGUGUCCACCAGGGGGCAGCUGUUUAUUCAUAAUAACAAAACAGUUCAUGUUGCACAAGGAAACGAAGGACCCAAAAAACAUGUAAACAACAAGAGAGGGGGAGGAGGCAUAGGAGGUGGGUGUGGCUGUAGCUUAUGGGUGGGGCUGGUGAAAAACUGUGCAGUGCUGUGUCUCCAAGCAGGAAGACAAAGUGUUUCAAUGGCAACUGUCUCAGCGUUGACAGCAGCAGUUUGAGUUUCCUCACUCUUUAUUUCCUGGAUGAGUGUCGUUGUCUUUCUGUUGUGCGGUUGCUAUAGUGAUAGUCAGCAUGUUGGUUUGUUAGUGUGCUGCUCUGUGAUUGGUCAAAGGUGAAUGUUUGUGUUUAUGAGAGUAAAUAUUUAUCCAGAUCAUAAUAUUGAGAUUAAAUUAAGAUUAAAGAUUCAACGUCCACACCAUCAUCAAUACAAGCUAUGAAGUCAUCAGUAAAGCUGUGCUCUGUGUCUCUAAUGUCCAUCGUGGACAAAAUGUCUAAAUUGACUUUUGGAAAGUGUUGAUCACAAAUAAAGUUGUAAUGUUUUGA